CCCAGCUCCAUCCCCAGCCUGCUGCCAGCCGGGACUCCCAGCCCUGCUGCUCCGUCCCCGCGCCCCUGCUGACUCCCUGCGGACCAGCUCGGCUCCAUCUCCUCCUCCUCCUCCUCCUCCUCCUCCUCCUCACCGAGCUCUAAUCCCCGCAGACUCGGAGCUGAGCGCCGGCAGCCAACAGGAGUUGCUUUGUCUGUGCUGACUCGGCAUCCCCUGCUUCCACUCUGGAGGAGAUGGGGCGCAAGGAAGAGGAUGGCAGCGGCUCCUGGAAGAAGCAGACCAGCAACAUCCGCAAAACCUUCAUCUUCAUGGAGGCCCUGGGAUCAGGAGCCUUCUCAGAAGUUUUCCUGGUGAAGCAGAAAAGCACUGGCAAGCUCUUCGCUCUGAAAUGCAUCAAGAAGUCUCCUCUCAACAGGGACAGCAGCUUGGAGAAUGAAAUAGCAGUGCUGAAAAAAAUAAAGCACGAAAACAUCGUGACUUUAGAAGAUAUUUAUGAGAGCACAACCCACUUCUACCUGGUGAUGCAGCUGGUGUCUGGGGGAGAGCUGUUCGACAGGAUCUUGGAGCGGGGCGUUUACACGGAGAAGGACGCGAGCCUGGUGAUCCACCAGGUGCUGACAGCCGUGAAAUACCUGCACGAGAACGGCAUCGUGCACCGGGACCUGAAGCCUGAGAACCUCCUGUACCUCACCCCCGAGGAGAACUCCAAAAUCAUGAUCACGGAUUUUGGCUUGUCGAAAAUGGAGCAGAACGGGAUCAUGUCCACGGCCUGUGGGACUCCAGGAUAUGUGGCCCCCGAAGUGCUGGCCCAGAAGCCCUACAGCAAAGCCGUGGACUGCUGGUCCAUCGGGGUCAUCACCUACAUCCUGCUCUGCGGGUACCCUCCUUUCUAUGAAGAGACUGAAUCCAAACUCUUUGAAAAGAUUAAGGAAGGCUACUACGAGUUCGAGUCUCCGUUCUGGGACGAUAUCUCCGAGUCAGCCAAGGACUUCAUCCGACAUUUGCUGGAGAAGAACCCGAGCGCCAGGUUCACGUGCGAGGAGGCCCUGCGGCACCCGUGGAUUAAUGGAAAUACAGCCCUUCACCGUGACAUCUACCCAUCUGUCAGUGCUCAGAUCCAGAAAAACUUUGCAAAGAGCAAAUGGAGGCAAGCCUUCAACGCCGCGGCCGUCGUGCACCACAUGAAGAAGAUGCACAUGAGCGGCCACGGGGCAGCUGAGGGCUCUGUCCCUGCCCCAGAGAGCUCAGAGCCCCCCAGGGCCAGCAGCCCCACGGGGACCCCCCCGCCAGCAGCGCCGGGGGGGGGGGGGGGCCCCCCCGCCAGCAGCGCCAAGCGAUGA